UAAAUACGAUAUCAAAAUGAUGGUACCCCUUCCAUAGGAGUUGCCGACAUAUGUAUACCGUAUGCAUAUGUAUCUACGUAUACGGUCGUGGAGAGUCAAGCUGCAUUGGAUACGUGAAAAAGCUUUGGAAAUAUAUAGUACUUGUCAAAACAAGCAAAAGUGUCUUUAUAAACAUAAGUCCAAAACUAAUGGUUUUUGCUUUAGGUAGAUGUUUAAUAUAUAAAACUAUAGUUUAUAAUAAACCAAUUACAUUGUUAUAUGUGUUGAUACAAGGAUUCGAAAACCUGAUGCCAAGAGAUAAGAGAAAUACUGGGGAUUUUUCAAUAUGUUGAACUGUGUGUUGAAAUAAAUAGGGGACAUAGUGAACAUAUGGUAUACAGCUUAUAUCUUAAUGACAGAAGCACCUUACAACUCAGAAAGAUUUUAAUAAAUUAAUAUAUUUAAGAAAAUGAAACGAGCACGUAUAAAAGCUAUGGUUACUGUUCCAACCCGAAGGAAGCCAACUCAAGAUGUAUCCAUUACUGAAGACCCUAAUUCAAUUGAACACAAUGAGAAAAAUAAAGAUAUAUCUAAUGACAUUUGUAUAACAUCACAACAAAUUUCAAAAAAUGUUUUCCAAGAAACACAAAUACAAGAAGAUGAUACAAAAGAUGUAGAUGAUACAAAAAAAUUAAUACACCAAAUUCAAGACGUAGGAGACCAAAAAGAGAAUGAGGAAUUACAUGUUGAUAAUCAAUGUAGUGAAUAUAAGGAUGACUCUACAAAAAAUUCUGAAAAAUCUAUGAAAGAAAUUGUACAUUCCCCAGAAGUUUUAAACACAACACAAAUUAGUUCUCCUAUAAAAUUAACGCAAAAUCGGACUGGUUUUAUGAAACCAACACCAAAAUUCGAUAAUAGUAAUAGAAUACGGAGGAAUAGUAUUCAAGGGAGUGGAGCAAGUACAAGUGAAUCUGAAGAUGAUAGUAGGAGACUAUCAUGCACUAUUGCUAAUCAUACUAGGAACGAUUUAACGCAAUCAACAAAUAAUACAAAAGAUGCAGUUACUAAUAAUAUCAAGAAUAAUUUAAUAACAUCCAAAGUAGGACAAAAGAGACGUAUUUUAGUUUCAGAAUCUGCAAGGAAACUAGCAGAAGCUAGAAGAGAAUUUCAUUUAAAGCAUGAAAAUAAAACCCCAGAUAGAAGCAAACUUACAAUGUAUGAUUUAAUUUAUUAUAAUCCUGUUACUAAUCCCAUGAAAAAGUCUAAAGACUCUGCCAUAUCAACAAGAAGAGUCUCAGAAUGUCAAUCUGAAGAAUUUCAAGAAGAAGAAAAUGAAGAUGAUCCAUCAUCUACAAUGCCAGUACCUCAAGUAAAAGUUGGACCAAAUGGUGAAUUAAUAAUAGAUGAACAGAGUCUUGUUAUAGAGCAAACUAAUGCAAAGAAAAGUAGGAAAGUAUUAGCAAAAGAAGCUAUUAUUGAUGAUGAUAAUAGUGGAAGUGGAUUUUAUAAAAAGCGUCAGAAAAGUAAAGAAUGGUCCGCACGAGAAACUUUAAAUUUCUAUAGGGCAUUAAAUACAAUUGGUACAGACUUUUUGUUGAUGCAAAGUCUUUUUCCUAACAGAACGAGACAGGAAAUGAAGAUAAAAUUUAAGAAAGAAGAGAAAGUAAAUAGACAUUUGGUUGAAAAAGCUCUUGCAUAUCAUCAAGAAUUUGAUACUGAAAUGCUAGAAAAGUCAUUAGCUGCAUUUGAAGCUUCAGAGAAAGAACUUUUAAGUAUAAAAGAAAAACGUAAACAACAAAGGAUGAAGAAGAAUAAAAAAUCAAGGAAACGACGAAUAAGUAAAUUAGCACGCAGUAUUGGGAUUGAAAGCGAGACUGAUAGUGAAGAAGGAGAAGAAGGAGAAGAUGAAGAAGAAGGAGAGAAUGAAAAAUGCGGCUUGGAUUCAAUGGUAUACAAAGAAAAUACAAAAUCAAAUGGCAAAUAUCAACAAACAUUAAAUAAGACAAAUAAAAAACUUUAUAAAAGACCAAGAGAUGAGGAAAAGUUAUUGACGGAAAGAGAUGACGUAGAAUCAUUAAGUUCAUGUAACGAUGUUGACAGUGAUACUGAAGUUUAUCGCGUAAGACCAACAAGAUCUGGAAGAUUACCAAAAGUAAAAAGAUUACAGGGACCAGAUAUAAAUACGUUUGAUAAGGAAAAGUUAAAUUACUGCUCUAAUGAUCAUGAAAUUACAAUUUCAUCAGAAAAUGAUGCUAAAGUAACAGAGGAUUUAAUUUUUGACAGUAUUAAUUCAGAAAUUCGUCAUAUAGAUCCUCUUAAAACAGUUAUACCAAAUAUCGGCGACGUAGAACCAGGAUCCUUUGUUAUUUUGUCAAAAGAAUCUUUGGAGGAACCAGGUAAAAGUGUUUUGCAAGUUUAUAUGGUUAGUUCGGACGUUCAUCCUUAAGAUUUCAAGGAACCUAACAUACAUAUGUCACCAAAACUCUUAUAAUUCGCAAUUGUAAUCAUCGACUAUCAAAUGUUAAAUCACUUUCAACAAAAAGAAUACUUAAUUUAAUUUACAUGAAAGGUUUUAAAUUAACUUAAUUUAAUAUACAUAUAUCUCUAUAUCUUUAUAUCAUUUAAAAUUUCUACUGAAAAUGUCACAUACUUGUAUAUUAUAUUUAAAUUUUUGGUUAGAAUUCAAAUGCACUUAUGUACAUUAUCUGUUUAUAAAAAAGCACUUGAUUGUGUUAGUUCAUUGUUUUAGUUAAAUUUUUACUUUAUUUACUUAAAUUUUUUAUUAUUAGACUAAAGAAAAUUGAUUUAAUAAUUCCUUCAUAAUGUACUUUGUUUGAUACGGGAUUAUAAAGAAGAUGAUAAACAGAAAUUAUAAAGAUAAGGACGCAAAUUUUAAACUUCACAAUUAUGAUAAACGUAAUAUAGAACAAUUAUUAGUUCAUGUAAAAAAUUUAAAGAUUGUUCUAUUUGCAAUCAUUAUAAAAUUCAAAUUGAUACAUGAAUAUUAAAUACCACUUCUAGAUCCACAAGCCAGGUUCGGAUGUUUAUUCUAUCUGUUUUUAUAUAAAUCUAGAAUGUCCGAUCGUAACUCUGCCUAUUAAUUAUUGCCAGCAUAUAUUGUUAUACAGUAGCACAUUCUUUGGAGAGUGCCAUUUUCUAUACAGUGCAUUAAUUAAGUAAUAAUAAUGCUAAUUCUUUAAAUGUGGCCUGGAAUACAUUUCAACUUUUGAAUGUAGCCGUGAAUUAUAAAUGUGAAUGGUUUGACUGUUAUAUUCCUAGCUUUUGAGCUAUAAAUAUUUAUAUAUGUUUUUUUUAUGAUUAAUUGCUAAAUUUAGACAAUAUGAUGAGUAUUAGACUACUUUCCUAAAGAUUCAAACGAAUCAUACAAUACAUUUGUAAUUUUA